UCCCAUUGUGGUUGGCCUGAAACAACCUUCAAGUUUUGGAAAUGAAAGCGAAUUACAAAAUCUAGAAGGAGGAAAAAGUGCCAUGGAAAUCAAGCCAAUAGGAUAGAACACUGCGAAGAAAAGUCUUUUUUUUAAAGUAUAUUUGACGAAGUUUAACUAAACGAAUAUUUGGGUUAAUCGAGUUUGAAACAGUUCACCAUGGAAACUAGAAUAGGUCUGUUGACAGUCUUACUGGUCGCUGUUACCAUGGUUACUUAUACUGACGCCAAGUCAAAGCAUAAAAAGCCAAGCGGUGACAAGAGUCUCCUGACACUUAAUUUUAUGGGCGAUGGUUCCCUUACAAACAAAUCUCAUGAUCGCAAAUCAGGUCAAAAAGCACUUCAAAGUAAGUCGUCACAUGGAGCAAAGUCACAUGACGACAAAUCAAAGGACAUUAGUAAAUCUGCUGACAGUAAGAGUGCAGGCGAUGACAAGAAAAAAGUCGCGAAAGCAAACAUUCCGUCUAUGGAUAAAUCCCAGAAGGCUGUAGCUAGAGGAAGUAUUAUAGAUGAUAUCAGCAAAAUUGACGACGUACCAAGUUUGUACCGACAAGGAGAGAAAACUGAAGCAUUUAAUAAUGAGGAUAACACAAUUGACAAAGUCAAACAAAUAGAUGACGGCGAGUUGACUGACUACUUUCACGCUCUGAACGGCGAGAACGUAAAGCAAAGUAAAACUGCACAUUACCAUGACGACGAUCUACGUCACGAUGAAGAAGAUUUACGUCACUAUGACGAGAAUAGGCGUAAUGACGAAGAUCAUAAAGAGAUCACAGACGAAGAAAACCAAAAGUACAAGGACGCAGGUCCUGGGUACGAGGUGUUUUCUGAUAACCCGGACGAAUCAGAUACUGAUGACUUCUAUGACGAUAUUUCACAAGGCAAAAAGCCUGAAAUGAAAAUGAAGAAAGUUCGACCAACCAAAUCUCACUUUGGUACUAAAGAUGACUAUGAAAGUAGUGAAAAAGGCAAAUACAAAAAUGACAAGAAAGCAUUAAAAACCAAAGAACAAGAUCCUGACGCCUUGGGAUAUCCUUACUCAGUUGAUAAAACGCCCGAACCACUUGAGACAACGGCUGAACACAUUGAAAAAGAACGAAAGGCCGAGCCACCACCAAGAACUGACGACACGGGUACCGGAAGUAAGGAAUACGCAGACAACAAGGAAGGUCAGCCCGUCAGUAGUAAUAGAUACAAUUCUGAUACUCGUCACAAGGACUACUCGGACAACAAAGGAGCCCAUGUAGCUGAUAACCAUGCAAGUACUGCGCAUGAUGAUUACGGUGACAAUAAAGUAAACCAUGAUUUUGUUAGCGAGGACUACAAUCCAGGACACAAAGAGUACGAGGAAAGCAGACCAGUGCAUUCCAGGAAGAACUACGACUCAGACUCUGGACACAGAGACUACUCAGACAGCAAGCCUGAACAUGCUUCUGAUUCCGGGCACAAGGGCUACGCUGAACCGAGUCAGGCAGGUACUAUCAAUGGCUAUAGUCCGUUCCUCAACCCUUUCUUCAAUCCUUUUAGCAUAUUUGGAUUUCAACACAAACACCCAGACGAUGAUCAAGAUCAUGCACACAGGCUCCCAGAUAGAGAACAAGAAAGCCCACAACGACGACCCUAUAGGGGUAGAGAAGAACAUGGUUAUCGAAGACUGCCUGAGAGAGAAAGAAGACCAGAUAGAGAGCAAGAGAAUUCACAAAGAGGACCUGAUAGAGGAGAUCAAAGGCCGUCUGAAAGAGAACAAGAAAGUUCCUCUCAAAGAGAAAACUCCGAGCGACGACCCGAUCGAGAGCAAGAGAUUUUACAACACGAGUCUGAAAAAGAGCAAAAGAAUUCGAGAAAACAGCCAGACAGAGAGCAUGAAGAGCCAAACAAACCUCACGAACCUCCUGUUAUCAAGCAGGCUGAGCAAGUUCAUGUGCCAGGAACCAAACCUUUCAGAAUCAGAGGGACACGAAUUCAGGGGGGUAAAAUCACUGGAGGGACAAUAACUGGUGGGAUCAUUGAAGGAGGUAACAUCGAGGGAGGCAACAUCGAGGGAGGUCUUAUCAAAGGUGGGCAUGUAGAAGGAGGAAAAUUCAAAAAUGGAACAAUGGAAGGCGGAGUUUUCCACGAUGGACUAAUGGAGGGAGGUCACUUGAUCAACGGUUCUUUUGAAGGAGGACGAAUGAGAGGUGGUAACAUGUAUGGUGGACAGGUACGAGGAGGUUCUAUCUAUGGAGGGAAUAUCAAGGGAGGGAUUCUUCUCGGUGGUCUCUUCCAUGGUGGAAGUCUGGAGGGUGGCGUUAUGAAAGGAGGCGAGGUUCAUGGAGGAAGCAUCAAGGGAGGUAACAUGGAAGGAGGGCUUAUGACAGGAGGUAGUGUUGAGGGAGGCGUUUUGAAGUACGGUAGACUUUCAGGAGGAACGAUUAAAGCUGGUUCAAUGCUUGGCGGCGAGAUGACAAAUGGAAGCAUUGAGGGCGGUACUUUGAAAGGAGGAAGUAUAACAGGGGGUGUGCUAAAGGGUGGUGUCAUGGAAGGGGGGCAGCUAAAGGGUGGGGUUGUUCUAGCUGGUAAAAUCAAAGGAGGUAUCAUAGAAGGGGGAGUAAUUGAAGGAGGUGAAAUCAAUGAUGGUGUCAUCAUUAAAAGUGGCAGAAUAAAUGGAACGAUUUUAGCCAUGAAAACCAGGGACAGAGACGACAAAAAGGAAAGCAAAGAAGACGCCAAAGAGAAAGGCAAGCAUGAUGGGAAAAAGGAAGGCGAUGGUUUGAAUCCACGUGAAGGUUCACUAACUAGUGUCAUAUGGAAAGAACCUAAACACGUGAGCCAUUCAUCCGAAUCAACCAAACCAACACCUCAGCUGAUCGUGAUUGACGAUAUCAACAACAUGAAAACUACUGCUAGACCCAUCAAAGCAAACCAAACGAGGUUUAACUCCCCUAAUGUCAAUGGUACCAUUACUGUUAGUAGAGACUCAAACUCUACAAUGAAUGAAACUGGGAUGCCAGACGAGAAAGACGCUACGAUUUCAAUCAGCACCAUGAUUCACACAGGGGAUUCCCCUGACACAACGGAUUCCCCACCACCAACUGAAAUUCCUGGAAUGGUCAGUGCGGCUGAUUUACCUUCGGCUGAGCUACCAGCAGCUGAAGAAAUACCUGCAAUGACCACUGCAGAGGAAAGCGAUUUCAUGAGCAGCCCAACUAUUCAGCCCUAUGUUCAGUUAACAGGACAAAAUCGGGACUUGACUCCAGCAGCAAAACGAGGUAAGCAUCAUAUUGUUAUCGACGGCGUCAGUUUUGAUAUCCCGGAUGGAAAACUCACUGAUCAUGAAUAUUUAAGCCAGCUUGUUAACCAUGUUGAACACGAACUGCAUGAAGCUUUGCAUGAAGAUAAACAAGUAACAAAAAACUAUGAUAAAAAUCAGACACUUGCAAAAAAUAACAAUAAACAGAUAAAACAAGGUGAUCAAUUAGUUACAAAACAACCAAGCGAGAUGAAGCAAGAAGAUGUUCAGUCCAUUGAUAUCGCUCCAGUAGACCAAGAACAACUCAUGAAAUCAUUGGGAGUAAAAGCAAUAGAGUUUAGGCCAAGCUACCAUUGGUCGCUAAAUAGCAUUAUGGGGGAUAGAAUCCCUGGAAGUCCUGGAGCCGCGAUGAUUUCACACGGUCAUAUCAGGAAGACACGUGGUGGCAUAGCCUUCAAUGGGGAAGAUGCAUGGUUGGGAGGCGGUGAUUUCGCUGGUGGAUGCAUAAGUGCUCCUGAUAAAUGUGCCGAUGGAUUCUCCUUCGAGAUGACACUCAAAAUCGAUAAAGAUUCCUUGUUCAAGUCCGAUGAUAUGCGAUAUAUCGUAGAUUCUGGUGCGUCGACUUUCAACUCCAAGGGUUUUUCAUUGUACACCCUUCAUGGUAAACUAAGAGCUGAUAUUGCUAUCCCUAACGACUCUAUUUGUCUGGAAUCACCCUUGGAGGCAGACCGCUGGCAUGAUGUACUGGUAACGUGGAGGAAAGACAAGGGUCUUAAACUCUACCUGAACUGUGAGUUAAAAGGACAAGCUAAAUCCAGCGACCAAUGUCUGGGCUGUCGAUCACCAGGAUGUCACGUGACCGAUAAGAAUACUCAACUGAUGAUUGGUCGACCCAACUACAGUCCUCAUUUCCGCUGCACUAAAUUCGAGAGUGGAGACAUUUCAUUCUGGGAGAAAUAUCUGAAUCAGGAAGAUGUUAACAUGCUGUGUGGUCGCGACACUGUUUCAAAGUUAAAUAAAGAUGCAAAACCCGCUACAACUUCUCGACCAACUCAACCAAAGGUCAACAAAAUCACACCAGAGAUACGUCAGCGAUACGCGGCAGCCUACGAAGCCAACAAAAACUUACUUAACGGCCAGCAGACUUACAGACAAGUCAAUGCCCCGGCGUCGUAUCCGGCUCCGUACCAGGCUUCUUAUCCGCCAGCUUACUUGCAAAAUGUAGGAUACCUUAAACCAGGCACUACAUAUCACUUCACACAAUAUAUCCCUGCUGUUGGACCCUCUUCUUUGAACCCAUCCAGGCAAAUGUACUCGAGUUAUUACCCUGGGCAGCCACGAAGCAAAACCGCAAGGCUUCAUUCGUCAAAGCCGUCGUACGAAUCGGGAGCCAAUUCUGUGAAACAGGAGUCAAGUGGCAAUCUUGAGUCAUCGCCCGUCACUCAUCAGUCCUUCUCUGAAUGGAGUGACUGGAGCGCAUGCUCAGAACCAUGUGGCUAUGGCGUUAGAGCACGUUCCCGCUCAUGUCGAAAUCCUCGUGUCCCUUUGGGCGGGCACGUCUGCCGUGGAGCGUUGGUUCAACAUGGCUUUUGUUUUGUGAGGGCAUGUCCAGGUUCAAAUCGUGCAUCCGCGAGAAAACGUCUCGUUCGCAAAAUCCUUCGUGAUCUUGUACGAGAUUUUACACUCAAGGAAGGACGGAAAAUCCCACUAUCCAAACUAGUAUUAGGGAGUCUUAAAAGGCCUUCAUUAGAUACUCCAAAAUCCGCACUCCACGGGUCCAGUGCACUGGCAAAUCUACACCAUGGUAAAAACCAACUGAACCAAGCACAGCAAAAAGCAACAGUGCAGUAUGGAUAUGGUACAAGAGUUAAUGGUGGCUAUGGCAACUGGUCACCAUGGGGACAGUGUGAUAGGACAUGCGGCCGAGGAGCGCAAGUGCGAACACGUUUAUGUAAUCACCCGACGCCAAGUAUCAUGGGAAGAUCUUGUGCCGCACUCGGUCCAUCACUCCAAGUACAACGAUGUAAUGAUAUUCCAUGUCCAGUGGACGGUGGUCACAGUGGCUGGUCAGCGUUCUCUCCGUGUUCCAAGUCAUGCGGACCAGGUGGGGUCCAGUAUAGAGUAAGAACUUGUACCAACCCUCGACCAGCAUAUGGUGGAAAAGCAUGUGUUGGACCAUCACAGGAAACCAGGUCGUGUUUAAACUACGUUCCUUGUCCUGUUCCUCCGAGAUACGCCAACUGGGGGCAAUGGUCAGGAUGCGAUGCUGACUGUGGGGGUGGGGUACGGGAGAGGGUUCGUCAGUGCAUUCGUCGUGGAGCCACAAAGGGAUCAUGUAGCUCUUUAGGUCCAAGUAGGAUGACAGAACCUUGUAAUCUUAACCCUUGCUGAUGGUUUCCUACUAGCCAAGAUUAAUCUAUUUAACCACUUUUGUAUUCCUGCUGCAACAUAGAUAUCAAUCGAUUACAAGAAACGCCAUUGGAACAAUAUAGCUCCAAAACCAUGGACUUCUUGCGUUUUUCAAUAGUUUUGUAAUAAAAUAGAAAGAGGAUCAGCA